AUGACUAGUGAAAUCGCAAACACAUUUGUAUGGGAAAUUGGAAAUUUUCAAAAAUGGAUAAAACAAGUCUCUCAAGGUGAAUGUAUUAAUAGCCAAAAUUUUUGGUUGCCACAAAGAUCCUUUGAGACUAAAAAUCAAAAUUUCAAUCAUCCUACUUUGUGGGAAUUAUCCUUGUACCCAAACGGAAUUAUAUCGAAAGGAAUGUCUUUGCGUGUUCAAGCGAUUCAAACAAAGUAUGAAAAGGAAAAGGGUAUCACUACGAGACGGAAACAAUUUAUUUUAGGAAUUGGAGAAUAUGAUAUUAGUCAGUUAUUACCUAAGCGUAAAGCUGUGAUCAGACAAUGUGAAAAAAGUGGGAACUUUACUUUUAACGGAUCAAAAACUGUUUCAAGUUGUCUGUACGAUAAUUUCUUUUCAUUAGAUUAUAUAUUUCCAAGAAAUGAAAAAACAAAAGUUGUCAACUUGUUUGUUCAAGUUACCGUGCUUGAAGAAAAAUCUAUACCUGUCGAUAAAAUCAGAUUCGAUAAUAAAUAUGAAGAUUGUUUUGAAGAUGAUACGUUUUCAGAUAUUGAAUUCGAACUUGAUUGUGGGUCAAGAAUUAAAGCUCACCGUGUCAUUUUAUCAUCUAGUUCAAUAUAUUUUAAAAUUAUGUUUUCAAGUCAAUGGAAGGAAAGAGAUAUGAAAGUCGUACCUAUUAGAGAAACAAAAUAUACCUCUUUUCGUGCCGUUCUUUAUUUUAUUUAUUCAGGAAAAUUGUUGGAUCUAGAAAGUUUUGAUGAUUUCGAACACACUUUUAAACUUGCGGAUAUGAUGAUGCUUAAUAACUUAAAUAAAUUGGUUAUAAAUGAAUGGUUAAAAAUUGUUGAUAAUGAAAAUUGGCAUAAAUUCAUAUUGUUGGGGUGGAAAUAUAACAAUAAUCUUUUAAAAAAUACGGGUUUAGAAUACGCCGCUGAUCAUUGGAAACAAGUUAAAAAAGGUGAAGGAAUGCUGCAAUUGCUCGCAACUAAUAACGUAGAAGGGAUUGAAGAAUUAUUUUACAUUACAAACAAAAGGUUGGAAAUAUCUAAGGUUGGAAUAAUCUCGGAACGACGAAAAUCACAAAAACCAUCAAUGACGAAAAAUUCAAAAUAUAAAGAAUAUAUAGAACGUGAAUAUCGUACUUGUGAUUAUAUAGAAUUUAAUGAUAAUAUUCAUGGUAAUCAAACCCCUAUUAUAAACGAAUUUUCUUAUUGUACCGAAAAAACGAUUGUUGAUCUGGAGGAUAUUGAAUAA